CACAUGUCCCAUGAUCAGUACCUGAAGGGAGAUCUCUCCCUCACCAUCAAUGAUGUUGAUUACACUAAGAGGACCCGGUACACCUGUGAUUGUGGUGGUGAACACAUCUGUGAUGUGAGCAUUCAGAUUGAGACUGUAAAUGUCCACAAACAUAUCCACCUUGGACAAUCUGUCAGCAUGGAUGUGAAUGUCACAGAGCCAGUAGAAAUGAUUCUCAACAGGACUCAUGACACCAAACCAAACCUUGUCAGACUGUGUGCGGUUGAUGGGCGUGAAAUUCAGUGUGUCCCUGAGUAUGAGAAGAGAGUGUCAUACAGAUUCAGUCUGCAGCUGGAGGAUCUGAAGGAGUCUGAUAGUGGUGUUUACACCAUAUGGGACACCAGGAAUGAGGAAGUCAUUGCUACAUACAGAGUAAUAGUUGGUGCAGUUCCACCUCAAGCGCUACAGAAUCCUGUUACAACAGUGAAGCUUAAUGAGAAUACAACUCUCCCCUGUAAUCAGACAUGUUCUGGUCUGGUCACAUGGACUGUCUUCCAUAAACCAGAUGACAUUCUGGCUCAGUGUAAUCAGACAUCAUGUCAGUCAAAGGAGGGAUUUCACAUGUCCCAUGAUCAGUACCUGAAGGAAAAUCUCUCCCUCACCAUCACUGAUGUUGAUUACACUAAGAGGGCCUGGUACACCUGCAAGUGCAGUAGUAAAACAUUAUGUGAUUGGAAUCUUGAAGUGCAUGCUUUCAGCUUUAACGUUCAUGUCCUUCCUGGAGAAUCUCUCACCAUGGAUGUGCCCGUCUCAGAGCCAGUGGAAGUGCUUUUUAAUAAGAGCGGUGAUGCCAGUCCAAACCCAGUCAGUCUGUGUGAGGUUUAUGGGCAUAAAAUUCAGUGUGUCCCUGAGUAUGAAAAGAGAGUGUCAUUCAGUUCCAGUCUGCAGCUGAAGGAGCUGAAGGAGUCUGAUAGUGGUGUUUACAUCAUACGGGACACCAGGAAUGAUGAAGUUAUUGCUACAUACAUGGUGACCAGAGUCACUGCUGGGGGUAGGGAGCAAGAACCUGACACAGACACCGUGGAGAAGGAGCCAGAGACGCUUCGCAUGAGCAGGCUGCUGCUCCAUUUGGGGCUGCCACUGGCUGUGGUGCUGCUACUGAUCUUACUGGCGUCUUACUGGCUUUUCCGAAAUGAAUGUUGUUUAUGGAUGAAUGUGCAACCAAAUGAACAGCAGCAUGAGAUGCAGGACUUACCCCACCAAGUGGGGGAGCAGAGGACCAAUCAGAAUGUUUCAGAGAGGGAACCAGAUAUUCAGGACCUGCUCUUGAAUCCUGAUUCAUCAAAAACUGAAUCUCUGCCCUCUCAUCCUGUUCUUGAUUCAUCAGAUAAUGAACUGCUCACUGAUCAUGUUCCUGAUUCAUCAAAUAAUGAGGUGAAAGAUGCAUGUUCAGAGAUAAAGGAGUCGAGUUGCUCGGACGACUCUUAAUGGAGGAUUUGACUCACAUACCAUCAUGGGUGACAUAACGGGUUCCUCCACCAGGGAAGACGAAGGUCAAAAUGAAGGAGAGUCAUCAAAAUAGCAGGCUACUAGUAGUUAUGGGCUUUAGGCUUUGGGUAAGUGAAGAGGGCAGUUAUGUGCUCUAAGUCUGGGAAGAGGAGCCAGCAAGAGAUCAGUGAGGUACAACACCCCAUGGGGCAGCAGAGGUCAAUCAGAAUGUUUCAGAGAGAGAACCAGACACUCAGGAGAUAUUCUUGAAUUCUGAUUCAUCAAAUAAUGAUGAAUCUACUCUUGAUUUUGUUCCUGAUUCUUCAAAUCCUGAGCUGUUCUCUCAUCCUGUUCUUGACUCUUGUUCAUGUGUUCCAGCUCCUUCACUGGACUGAUUCAUAGAAGUGCUCUCUUCAAAGAACAUCGUCUCUGCUGCUCUGAUCUUGGGGUACUUUUGGGUGUUUUGGGACUCUUUUGGAUACUUCUGGGCAUUUUCACACUUGGAACUUUUCAGUGUUUCUAGUGGUCUCAGUCAAUGAGUCAUGGUUUCUAUGGUA